AUGGUUUUUGGGCAUAAUGAAAGUGAUAAACGUGUUCUGAAGGUUUAUAAUGGUGGAGAAGUGAUGAAUCACUAUCCAUUCAUGGCGGCCAUCUUUAUAAAUACGAGUAAAGGCUGGAUGUAUGCUUGCGGGGGAACGGUGAUUGCCCGGGAAUGGAUCCUCACAGUUGCACAUUGUUUGGAAGAGAUGGUGCAGCAGCCAAAACGCCUCGUACUUGCGAAAGAUCUCCUCGUUUUGGUGGGAACUAAACGAGUCAAACAGCCAUUGGACACAACUCACAUGAGAAGAUUCGUGGCUGCAUAUUUUACUCUAAAAGACGUAGAGAUAGGGUUUAAUGGGAUUCGACGAGGAGACGUGGCUCUUUUGCAGCUCAAAUACCCUCUUCUAUUCGGUGAAAAGAUCAAUCGAAUCGUGAUCCCGAAAGCUAAGCCAAGUCUCGCCGAGGGGCAGAUCAUUGGAUGGGGAAUGAUGAAUACAAAAGGAUGUAAAGCAAGAAUAUCGGAUGCUGAUGAUAAGGAACGGUUUGAUGAAACUCAACUCUGUGCUUAUAGUUUGGAUGCGGGUGCUUGUGAGGGUGACUCUGGUGGGCCACUCUUUCGAGCAUUCCCGCAUUCUCGCUCCAUUCUCCUCGGAUUGGUCUCAAUGGUGCAAGAAUGUAACUAUGAGGGAGAAAAUAUCGGCAUUUUUGUGAACGUGAUCAAAUGCUGUGAUUGGAUUCAGAAAAUCACUGGAAUCGAUGAUAUUUGUGUCGACAUUCCAGACCCGAAGAAACCCGAUCCAGCAACAAUUUCCGCGGCUGAUAUGACAAAGCUGGCUUUCUGCGAGUUUUGUCCGAUUGCCCUUGACUGGGUGAAAGAUUUUCUCGAUGAUCCACAAGGGAAAGACUUGGAACCAACGAAGGAAAAAUCAAAAAUCGAUCCAACUGCAAAACGACUGUUUACACAAUUGUUC